UCUCCAGAGUGAAAGUGAAAUUAAAAGCGUGCUGCUGCCGGAAACCUGGGGCUGAGCCUGGUUCCAGCUCCUCUUUCUGAGCAUUUUGGACCCCUCUUUAGGAGCAGUAUGAUCCUGGCACUAAUUCUGUGCUGCUGCAUGCUGCCUGUGCUGGCAGGGACAGUGGAAGACCCCACACCAGUGCCUGGGCUCCGCAAGGUGGAUAUUGUCCUUGACUGCUCCUAUGUGGGAGAAGGAGGAUUGCCAAGAGCUUUUGGUGGCUCCCAGCAUCCUGCUACCCUGGUGCUGAGGGGACUCAGCAUCACAGAUGAUGGCACCCUGGGAGAUGUAACUGACUAUGAGAUCUCACAGGAAGACCACAGCUCCUCUCCUCCCAUCAUCUUUGAAGCCUCAGUGCAGCUAGUAUCCAUCCCAUACGCAGAGGUCCUGCUGCAUGCAGAUUGCAAUGGGGAGGAAGUGAGCUGUGAGCUUUCCCCCUAUAGUUUUCAGCAAGAGGGCGAUGGUCUCUGCCCUGCCUCCUGGUUCCUGGCCACCAUUCAGCUCUCCAGUGGGAUCAGCAUUGCCCUGCUGCUCAGGGGGCCCAGCUGCAGCAGCCAGAAGGAGGAGGGACACGAUGUGACACUGCACCCAAAGCUGAGGAUUCCAAUGAGCAAGGAGGGGACUCUGCUGAUGACAGUGGAAUUUCAAUCAUCAUCAAACAACACUUCCCUGCGCACACGUCUUGGCAGCUCCAUCAUCCUUGACUGUCACUUUGCCUUGGCUCCCAGCUUCAUACUGUCCUCCCUGGAAUGGAGGAGGCAGCACCGAGGCAGAGGUCGCAGCAUUUUCCGAUACCAUGUGGAGAAUGCAGACCUGACAGCGCAGCCAAAAGUCCAUGUAGAUGUGGAGCAGCUGCUGCAGAAUGGGGACGCAACGCUUACCUUGCAGGAAACAGCCGUGGAUGAUGAGGGAACAUACAUCUGCUUGGUGUCCACAGCACAGCACCAAGUCCAACACAAUAUCCAGCUGGUAGUGGCUGAGCCCCCAAGAGUUCGUGUGUUUCCAACAGAGGUGUCAUUCAAGAGAGAUGAGACCAUUACUCUGACCUGCAUCAUUGCUGGCUAUUACCCCCUGGAUGUCUCCGUGACCUGGACACAGAAGACUCCAAAGGAUGAGGUAGAAAUCAAUCUGUCAAACACACGCUUCUCCAGUCACCGGCAAAGCCAAGAUGGCACCUACAGCGUCACCUCCUACCUCAGCAUCAGCUCAGCCACAGUGCAGGCUCCAGCCACCUACACCUGCCAUGUUUCACAUGUGGCUCUGGAGGCUCCCAUCUCCAUCAGCACUCAUCUGAUGGUACCAGAACGUAUGGAAAUGGAAGGACUGGUGGGGGGAGCCAUUGCCACUGCCAUUUUCGUUUUUGUUCUCUUUGUUGUGCUCAGGAGGAAAAGACCAGCUGAACCAAUGCCUGAACAACUUCUAACAUCUUCAGAGUAGAAGAAGGCUCAUGUCAGCCACCUGCCCUCCACUGUCUCUCUUCUCUUAGAAUCAUAGAAUCACACAUUACCCUGAGUUGGAAGGGACCCAUAAUGAUCACUGAGUGCAGCUCCUGGCUUCACACAGGAGUGUCUGAAAAUCAACCAUAUGACAGAGCACUGCCAAGAGUCUUCUUCAACUCCAGCAGUGUGGGGCCAUGUCCACUGCCCUGCAGAGCCUGUUCUGCAUCCUGCUUAGUAGAGUCAGUCUUGUCCAAGUACUGACAGAGAUAAUGGUUAGUACAGAAGGGGCUUACCCAGCUGGAGGAGCCGAGUGCCCAUUCAAGGAUGGAGUCUGAGAAGAGAGACAGGAAAUUGUGCUUUCACCUCAGAACAACACUGACAGCCUCAGCCCUGCUGGGAUGCUGCAUAUAGAUAAGUGUUUAUAUUACUGUACAUGUGUGAGUCUGUAUAGAUAGAUGUAGGUGUAAAUAGUUAUACAGUUAAUUUACAUACAUUGUGUAUAGACACAUAGCUGUAGAUGUAUAUAGGUAUAUUUUCUUAAUGCUUUAAGGUUUUAAGGAAUAUAUUUAUGUACGUGUGUAUGUGUGUGUGUUUUAACCAUAGAGCCAGGCAAAUGUGUAGGCAAAACUGGUUAAUCUUCAAACUGAGCAAGUUGCUUACAUUGCAAGUCCAGCAGUCAGAACAAGAUGAUGAAAGUUCUCCCAUGGAAAGCUACAAUAAAAUUUUAAUUUAAAAAAAAAAAAUAGAUUGAAGUUUAUCAAAUAGAGAUCUGUGGUUCUGCUGUUGGGAAAAAUACAGGCACAAUCAAAUGUCUUUAAAAUAGAAUCACAUAUUCAGAUUAGAUGUGGAUGUAUUUUCAGAAUAAGGAGUGUUUUGAAUGGUAACAAUUAAGCUUAAGCAUUUUUAGAUCAAUAGGCUGAGAUAAUUUGCAUCUCAGCAUUAUAAAAGCUUUGGCUGAGAAGGUGUCUGGUCCGAUUGACUUUGGUAUAUUAGAAUACUCAGGGAAUCCCAAGAUACUGGAAAAGCAUGUGGUGCCAGUGUUCAGAGAGAACUCUCAUGUUUUGAGACACUGCUCUGACCUUACUACGACUGUUUCCCUUAAUUACACCACUAAGUGUGGGCACCGAUGGAACAACCAGCAGAUACAGGCACAGGGAGAACCAACAGCUGCAAGUUAAAUAUAGGCAUGUUCCAACUAGGAUAAGAUAAAAUAUACACAGUGGUGAAGAGGAUUUUCCUUGCUGCCUAUCAGCAAAAAUGGCAGACUAUAUCACGAGAUCUUCAAAUAAAGACCAGAUUACUGUCAUUUAAUCAAAACCAGUUAAUGACCUCAGUUAAAAGAGAUAUUGAUCUGUUAAUUUAACAAAUGUCUUUGUUGGGUAUGGAAUGAGAGCUGGUGAUUUGCCCUUCUUUUCAUAGAAUCAUAGAAUUGCUCAGGUUGGAAAAGACCUUCAAGAUCAUUAAGUCCAACCACAACCUAAACAUAGUACCCUAACUUGAACAAUCUUUUGCUAAAUCAUAUCUCUGAGCACCACAUCCAAACAGUUUUUAAACACAUUCAGGGAUGGUGACUCAACCACCUCCCUGGGGAGCCUAUUCAAAUGCUUAACUACCCUUUCUGUAAAGAUUUUCCUGAUAUCCAACAUAAUCUGGCACAGCUCGAGGCCAUUUUCCCUUAUCCAUCUGUCCCCAUGGACUUGUGAGUGUCCAGCUUUCAGAGCAGGUCCAAAACCAUCUCAUCAUGGAUUAUGCAGGGCCUAUUCUGUUCCCCAUCCCUAUCUACCAGUACAAGGGGCUGUGUGCCCAGGGAGUAACUAGUCUUACUAUUAAAAACUGAGGCAAAGAAGGCUCUAAGUACCUCAGCCUUAUCCUAUUCCCUGGUCACCAUAUUGCCCUCAGCAUCCAAGAAGGGAUGGAGAUAGCCCUCCUCAUGUUGUUGAUGCAUUUAUAUAAAUAUUUUUAUCCUUCACCAUAGUGGCCAAGUUCAGUUCUAGGUCAGCUUUGGCCUUUCUAAUUUUCUCCCUGCACAGCUUCACUAGGUACUUGUAAUCCUUAUGUAUAUCUUGCCCACUCUUCCAAAGACCAUAAACUCUCAACCCCAUCAUUACCAUUAUUGAUUUCCAUACAUUCACAUUCUUUCUGAACAUAGAGGGCUACACCACCGCCUUUCUUGCCUUGCCCAUCUCUUUUGAAAAGUCAGUAGCCAUCCAUCACAACACUCCACCUGUGUGAGUCAUUCUACCAUGUUUCUGUGAUGGCAACUAUAUCAUAGCUCAUAGCUUUCUGAUCGCACAAUUGCCUCCAGCUCCUCCUGUUAUUACCCAUGUAAGAGCACCUGAGCCUGGCCAUCAUUUGAGUGGGAACAGCCCUAAUACCCUAAUACCCUUUCCUUAGUUAUCCCUCUGCUCAAACAGUUUAAGGUAGCAACGUUGAUCCAGCAGUCUAACUACAUUUGUUUGGAUGUACCUUAUGAAAGUAGCUAAAUUUUGGCUGGUAUGCAUUUCAAAGCAAACGUGCGUCAACGGUAAGGCAUCUGUAAAGUGUUUAAAUAAACUCUGAGCUUGCUUCCA